CAGGAGCUGUGACCGCAGAGGGAGGAAGCUGCCAAAGCGCGUGGAACCUGGAAAAAGUACCCAAGAAAGAGGCUCACACACAACCGGGUUCCCAGCUGGCGAUCAGCACCAUGGACAGCAGCACCGGCCCGGUGAAUGCCAGCAAUUGCUCGGAUCCGUUUCUGCGAGCUGCAGGCUGCUCUCCAGCUUCCAGUCCCAGGUCCUGGGUUAACUUAUCCCACUUAGAUGACAACCAGUCCGACCCGUGCGGUCCGAACCGCACCGAGCUGGGCGGGAGCGACGGCCUGUGCCCUCCGGCCGGCAGCCCUUCAAUGAUCACAGCCAUCACCAUCAUGGCCCUCUACUCCAUAGUCUGUGUGCUGGGUCUCUUCGGAAACUUCUUGGUCAUGUAUGUCAUUGUCAGGUACACCAAAAUGAAGACUGCCACCAACAUCUACAUUUUCAACCUCGCCCUGGCAGAUGCCUUGGUGACCAGCACCCUCCCCUUCCAGAGUGUCAAUUACCUGAUGGGAACAUGGCCAUUCGGAACCACACUCUGCAAGAUCGUGAUCUCCAUAGACUAUUAUAACAUGUUCACCAGCAUCUUCACGCUGUGCACCAUGAGUGUCGAUCGCUACAUCGCCGUCUGUCACCCGGUCAAGGCCCUGGAUUUCCGGACCCCCCGCAAUGCCAAGAUUGUCAAUGUCUGUAAUUGGAUCCUUUCUUCAGCAAUCGGGCUGCCUGUGAUGUUCAUGGCAACCACAAAAUACAGGCACGGUUCCAUAGACUGCACCCUCACGUUUUCUCACCCAACAUGGUACUGGGAGAACCUGCUGAAAAUCUGCGUCUUCAUCUUCGCCUUCAUCAUGCCUGUCCUCAUCAUCACCGUGUGCUAUGGGCUGAUGAUCUUACGACUCAAGAGUGUACGCAUGCUGUCUGGCUCCAAAGAGAAGGACAGGAACCUGCGAAGAAUCACCAGGAUGGUGCUGGUGGUGGUGGCUGUGUUCAUUGUCUGCUGGACUCCCAUCCACAUCUAUGUCAUCAUCAAAGCCUUGAUCACCAUCCCGGAGACCACUUUCCAGACAGUUUCCUGGCACUUCUGCAUUGCUCUCGGUUACAUCAACAGCUGCCUGAACCCGGUCCUCUAUGCGUUUCUGGAUGAAAACUUCAAACGAUGCUUCAGAGAGUUCUGUAUCCCAACCUCUUCCACCAUCGAACAACAAAACUCCACUCGAAUCCGUCAAAAUACUAGAGAUCACCCCUCUACAGCCAAUACUGUGGAUAGGACUAACCAUCAGCUAGAAAAUCUGGAAGUAGAAACUGCUCCCUUGCCGUAAUCAAGUUUCCAGUCUUCUGUCAUUCAAACCCUCA